AUGGGAAUCAUAGAAAACGGAAAGAUAUCGGGAAACUUGCCGAGCAAGGAGACAUUCGUAGUGCACUACCCUGGAUAUCCAUCAUCUAUUUCCCGAGCCCUGGAGACUCUUGGGGGAAUCCAAGGGAUCACAACCGCAAGAGAAUCAACGUCAAACAAGCUUGAGCUUCAUUUCCGCCCUGAAGAUCCUUAUGCACAUCCUGCAUAUGGGGAACAACGUCCUUGUAAUGGCUUUCUGUUAAAGAUCUCUAAGGAAGAUGUUAAGAAAGAUUCUCUUCUCCCUGAAAAUCAACCUGUUCUUGCCGCUUGCAAUACAUCAGAAUCUUGCCCAGCUCUGUGUGCUGAUAUUGUAGCUCGUGUGACUGAUUCGUAUUGCUUCGAUGGCAUGGCCGAUUACCAGCAUGUUAUUCCUAUUCACGCGGAUAUUGCACAGCAGAAGAAGAGAAAAUGGAUGGAGAUGGACUCGCUUACAGGAAACAAUGAUCUAAUGGACAUGGCUGAUGAAGAUGUAAUGAUGCUAUUGCCACAGUUCUUUGCACCCAAAGAUAUGCCAGACAACUUGGUGCUGAGACUUCCAGGAAAAUCAGGCCUAAAAAAGAAAGAUGAGGAAGCAAUUCAGAAUCUUUAUGAGAUAGAUAUUGGCCCAGUAUUUGCUAUUGAUUUCAAUGUCAAAGAUAUCCUUUUCUCUGUUUUACUAAUUUUCCAAAUCUUAUUAUUGCUGAGUAUGAAGCCAUGUUUGUUUGAUGCUUUUCUUUUCAUUUUUGAUAUCUUUGAUCGGUCCUUAGCGUUCAUACAGAUCCCAAAGAUAUUAAACUGGGAAGACUUUAUUGUUCCCAGCUCCAACCAAUGGGAAUGGCAGGUAGCAGUGUCUGCAUUGUUUGAAGAGAGACCUGUGUGGACAAGAGAUUCCAUAGUCCAACGGCUACUUGAUAAAGGUCUUAAAUGCACACAUCAUAUGCUAAACAGGUUUCUUCUUAGGGCUGCGUAUUAUUUCUCGGGUGGUCCAUUUCUUAGGUUCUGGAUUAAAAGAGGCUAUGAUCCACGAAAAGAUCCUGAGUCUCGUGUAUACCAGAGAAUGGAAUUCAGGGUUCCACCUGAAUUGAGGGGUUAUUGUGAUGCCAAUGCAACUAACAAGUCAAAGCCAAGCUGGGAUGACAUUUGUACGUUUAAAGUGUUUCCUUUCAAAUGCCAAACAUUUCUACAGCUAUUCGAACUUGAAGACGAGUACAUUCAACGAGAGAUAAGAAAGCCUCCAAAGCAGACCACUUGUAAUUAUAAAACAGGAUGGUUCUCAGAAGCGCUGCUUGAUAAUUUGAGACUCCGUGUAGCUGUGAGGUUCGUGUCUGCGUUUCCUGAGCCAGGUUUCGAAGAUGUUUUCAAAUCUAUACAAGACGAGUUUGAGAGGUCAGAGAAUACACGAAUUCAGAAAGAUGCACUGAACUCAUGUCAACCAGAUCACCAGGAAAAAACUAAAGAUGGGGAAGAUAUGAAGAAGUAUAAAAACAGAAACAAAGAGAAAGAGGAUGAUGUUGAUGUUGAUGAUGAAGAUGAAGAUGAAGAUGAUGAAUACGAGGAACUGGAUGAGGCUGGAAAUGAUGAUGAGAUAUCGUUGAGUUCGCAUGGAUAUGAUGACAUGGAGAACAACUCGAGAACCUAUCUCCAAGGUUUGUUCGAUGGAUUUCCAAGCAGAAAACCAGCUUUGGAUAGUGGCAGCGAUGGAGAGUAUCAGAUCUACGAGCAAGAAUCCAAUGCUCUGGAUGAUGAUGAUGAUGAUGUGGACGAGGACGACGACGAUGAGGAGUAA